GGAGGCGAACGGCUCGGAGGCGGCCGGAGGAGCGGCCAAGCCCCAGACGAUGACUGCUGAAGCCAAGGGACCCCCGGAGAAGGGGGCGGACCCCAAGGUGCCCCCCGCCCCAUCCCGGCGCCGGGGCCGUCGGCUGAAGCUGCGGUCGCCUCCGGAGCCUCAGCUGAGGGGGAAGCUCCGCAUGCGCUCUCCCUCGGGAGCCUUCGUCCUGGUGGGCAUCUCGGUGGUCCUGGUGGGCAUGACCAUCGCCGUGGUGGGCUACUGGCCCCACCCCCGGGGGUCGGGAGGUGGGAACGGGGCGGGGAACAGCAGCGCCGGGGGGGAGGUGAGGAGGGAGGUGUCGGUCAGACGGCACCUGCCCCACGGGGAGAAGCUGAAGCUGAUCGGCCCCGUGAUCAUGGGCAUCGGGCUCUUCAUCUUCAUCUGUGCCAACACCAUGCUCUACGAGAACAGGGACAUGGAGACCCGCAGGCUGAUGGAGAAGGGGCUCAGCUCCGUGGCCGAGGGGACCCUGCCCGAGGGGACCCUCCCCGAGGAUGGGGACGGCCACCCCCCUGUCCCCAAGGCCACUGCUGAGUGCCUGGAGGGUUGUUACCAGGUGGAUCUCUCCUGCCAGCCCCUCGCCAGCCCCGGCAGCAAAUGGUCGGACAUCUACGGCCCCAACAAGCUCCAGACCAGGGCUGAGCUCCUCCAGCAGCCACCAGCAGCAUCUCCCACCACCUCCCUCCUCAGCCUCCCCUCCGCAGCUUCCCCAGAGCUCAACCUCAGCCUCUCCUCGGCCGUGGGUGCCCUGACCCUUCCCGUCAUCAAACUCAACAACUGCUUGCUGGACGCGGCGGGGCGAGGGGUGGGCAAGAGGCAGGAAGGGGACCCCUCCCGGCCCCCCAUCAAAGCCCCGUGGCUCCCCGCUGGCAGCAGCAGCAUCUUGCCCCGUGGCCAGGCCCGUGGUGGUGGUGGUGGCCACGGUGGCCACGUCAUCAUCAACAUGGAUGGUAGCUGCCUGGGCACAGAGCCGGGGGUGGAGCUGAGCAUGGAUGGGCUGCUCCACACCCCAGGACACUCCAAAUCCCUGGAUCUGGGCCGUCCCGGGGUGCUGCUGGUGGCCCCCAUCAAGGACCGUAAGAACCGGAGUUGGCCCCGACUGGACCACAUCAGCCUGGUGGGUUACACCAAACUGGAGAGCACUGGGGAGUCCUCGGACCUCCUGCUGGAACCCAGUGACCCCCCGAGCCGGGGAGAGCCCCGACCCUGCUCCUGGGCAGUGGGGAUGGAGCAGGGCACACAGGUCUGAUGUCCCCAACACCCUUGGGGACCAUGACGUCGCAAUCCUUCAGCCUGGCACCUGGAACCCAGUGGUGACCCCAAAACCCCACGUCCAGGAGGGGUCUGGGGGACCCAGAUGCUCCAGGAGAGGUGCCAACCUCCUGCUCCCUGGGGAGCACUGCCUGGGCUGGGCUCCUGGCUGCCUCCUGACAGCUUCCCCAUGGAUGCUCCUGGCCUUACAAACCCUUCUCCUGGUGGCUUUGCUGGAGGAGCCCUCGCUUGGGGGCCCAACAGAAACUGCAGGAUGGGGGAUGCAGGGUGGGGGAUGCCCCACCAGCCCCUGCAGCACUUUAUUUCAGCAGGGUUGGGGUGGGGAGAUGUCGGGGGUUUUUUUUUGGGGUGGGGGUGAUGUCCCCUUGGCCAACCUCAACCCACCAGGAAAUUCAUUGGACCAGAGCACGUGAGCCCAUCAGGGCCA